AUGGAUGUAGCAUCAGUUCUAUCAAAUGUCGCCAAGAUACAGAAUAUCCUCAAGCUGCUGACGUUUCUACAGCUGACGACAUAUUUAUGGCCACCAGAAGCUACUGUAAAAGGUGAAGUAGUACUGAGGAUCAUAUACGAAGAGACCUAUGGAGAAUCAGCUGAUUUCGUUAUCAUUGGAGGUGGAACUGCUGGAAGCAUUAUUGCAAGUUAUUUAGCAAAAUAUGAAAACAUCAGCGUCUUAGUCAUAGAAGCUGGUGGCAUGGGUGAAUAUGAAACUCAGCAACCGGGACUAUUUACAUAUCUGAGAAACACAGAAUAUGACUGGCAGUUUAGAAUAGAACGCGAUGUGACGAUGAAACCUAGAGAUAAAAGAGUAAUACAGCAAGGGAAAGUGCUUGGUGGGUGCUCUCAAGUAGGAUUUCUGGGUUAUGGCAUUGGACACCCUAGAGACUACGAGAGAUGGGCAGCCAUAACAAACGACAGCUCCUGGAAAUUAGAAAAUCUCUAUCCUCUUAUCAAAAGAACAGAAAAAGUCACAGACGAAACCAUUCUUAAUUCAUCAGAUGUCGCCUUUCACGGUACAGAAGGCAAACUGCGUAUCAAACAAUACCAUUCUGGGAUAAAUGAUGGAUUCUUCGAAGCGUAUAAAGAACUGGGUAUCAACGUUAUUAACGAUUUCAAUUCAAAUCAUACAUUCGGCUAUACUAAUGGUUACUUCACUAUUGGACAGGGUAACAGACAAAGUACUGCUUAUUCCUUUUUGAGUCCAGAAAGGGAUAACCCCAAUUUAAGAGUCUUAUACCACUCCGUAGCAGCAAAGAUAAUUUUCGAUGAAAACAAACGUGCUGUUGCAGUGAGAGUCCUUGCAAAGGAUAAGAAGUAUAUAACUAUAAAUGUGAAAAAGGAGGUAAUCGUUACUGCCGGUACUUUUAAAUCUCCCCAAUUGCUCAUGCUUUCUGGCAUUGGACCAAGACGGCACUUGGAGCGCAAAAAAAUCAAAGUUGUUUCAGAUUUACCCGUGGGACAAAAUUUGCAAGAUCAUCCGUCAGUAGUAAUGGCUCACAAAAUGGGUCCGAUGCGUCCUAUACCACCAAGAAAUCCUCACGAGCAGGUAGUACAAAUAAUGGAAGGUCGUGUGGCCGUAGAUGAACGCCAAAAACGUGCAGACUACCUACUUCGACUAGAAAAGUGUAAGGGACUGGAACAAGGAACUCAUGCUUACUGGAAGUGUUAUGUUCUAGAAAUGGCUUCGACUUUGAACAACUUUGUCGGCACAUGUGCCAUGGGAUCUGUUGUGGAUUCAGAACUUCGAGUGAUUGGUGUGAAAGAUGGAGAUCAAUUUGAUUUUAUCGUUGUGGGAGGUGGCACAGCGGGAUGUCUCAUAGCUAGCAGACUUGUGGAAACCGGCAAUGUGAGCGUACUACUUAUAGAAGCUGGAACAUAUCCGCCAUUGGAAUCAGAUCUAUCAGGGCUAUUUCCGUUUCUAAAAGAUUCAAAAUAUGAUUGGAAUUUUACGUCUGUUCCUGAUGACUUAGCUGCAAAGAACCACAAGGGUAAUGUCAUUCAUAUGUCUCAAGGAAAAAUGUUGGGAGGCUCUGGAUCCUCAGGAUUUGGAGCGUAUGCACGAGGGUAUCCACAUGAUUACGAUGAUUGGGCAGCCAUCACUAAUGAUAGCUCUUGGUCAUGGAAAGCAGUAUUACCUAUAUUCCAGGAAAACGAAAAACUCAUUGAUGAAAAAAUCCUCAAAUCUCACGACCAUUAUUAUGGCACGAAAGGCAAAAUUUACUUAAAGAAAACAUACUACAAAAGAAAUCGCAACUUCUUUAAUGCUUUGAAAGAAAUAGGCUAUGAUUAUCAUAUAGACAUCAAUCCAAACCACCCGAUAGGAUUCACCAAUUUAAUGUUUAACAUCGGUAACAAAACCCGACAAAGUACGGCUCAUAAGUUUCUCAGUCCCCUCAAAAAUCAUCCGAAUUUGCAUCUCAUGAUCAAUACCUUAGCAACGAAAGUAAUAUUUAAUGAUAAAAAGACUGCAAUUGGGGUAGAAGUGAUGACAGAAGACAACAAAAUACUAAGAUUGAAGGCUAAGAAAGAAGUCAUAGUAACAGCUGGUACUAUUAAAUCACCGCAUCUACUUAUGCUUUCGGGAAUAGGUCCAAAACGUCACUUAGAGAAAAAAGGCAUUAAAGUUAUAGCAAAUUUACCUGUGGGGCACAAUUUUCAAGACCAUAUUAAUAGUAUUCUGGUUUAUAAAAUGACAAAAGCAUCGCUAGCUAGCAAUCUUGGAGAUCCUUAUGAAUACCCAUAUGUUGUUUUCGAUGGAUAUGUUGCUCUGAAUAAGUCUCAACGCUACGCAGAUUAUGAAACCAUCUGCGCUCACUUUGGCGACAGCCUAACAUUUGAGGGCUUAUGUGCAUUCUUUUUCAGUUACAACAAUGAAUUUUGUGACACUCUAAAUAAGGGUCUCGAUAACAAAGAAGUGCUUUUGGUAUUCAUCACAUACUUGAAUCCCGAAUCGAGAGGACGAAUUCUACUUAACAGUACAGAUCCCAGAGACUAUCCAUUGAUAAUUCCAAAAUAUUAUACUAAAAGUAUAGAUAUUAAGAAACAUGCUAGUUAUCUGGAAGAUUACAAUCGUGUUCUGCACUCAACAUAUUUUAGACAAGUGGAAGCUGAAUUAGUAGAUCCUAAAUUGAAGUCUUGUGAAGGUUUAGAAAGAGGUACAAAGGAGUAUUGGAAGUGUUACGCCGUUGCGACUGGUGACACAGCUCAUUAUUUUGUUGGUACCUGUGCUAUGGGGACUGUUUUGGAUUCAAAGCUUCGGGUCCAUGGCGUGAAGCACUUACGCGUGGCGGAUGCUAGUGUUAUGCCAACGAAUGUACGAGGACUGCCUCAGGGGACAGUGAUGAUGAUAGCACAGAAAGCUGCAGACAUGAUCAUUAUGGAACAUGGGUUAAAACGACACACUUCACCGUGUGACUAAUCUGUUAACUAAACAAAUGUAUUCUCCGCUUCUUACUGUACCUCUGCAUUUUUUAUCAUUAAUAAAGUGAACAUCUCUGUC